AUGCAUUUAAUUCUUGCUUAUAUUUCUCUUCUCCUUUUGCGUGGUGCGAAGGGAGCCUCACUCCAAAACUAUGCUUCAAGCAACCCUCGAGAAUCAUUUCUUCGCGAGAUCUUAGCUGGAUCCAAGUACCCAAAUAGCCCCACAACUCCAACCCCAAGAGACAUACCUUUGAAGGUUGGUAUUAUAGGAGCUGGCGCUGCAGGUCUGUAUGCGGCAGUGCUGCUCGAUUCUUUGGGUAUUGAGUACGAUAUCAUCGAGGCGUCGGAUCGUGUUGGUGGAAGAAUCUACACCUAUCGAUUCAAUGAGACUGCGUGGUUGAACUCAACCCCCGACGACCCUGACUACUAUGAUUACUUUGAUGUUGGGGCGAUGAGAUUUCCAGGCAUGGACUACAUGGCUCGAAUCACAGGACCUUAUAAUAACUCUUUGAUACCAUACAUCAACGCUCAUGUUUCAUCCCCGAAAGAUAAGGUAGUUCAAAUACCUUACAUAUAUACGGCGAAUAACACAUUCCGCCUAUAUAAUGAGGUACUUUUGUAUAAUCAGGUCCCUCCUACUGCGGAUGCCUUCAAUACCGAACUUACAGACAACGGCACCGUCGACGCACAGUUUGCUCAACUCGAUCCCACGAAGGUGUGGGCAUCAGUAACUCAAAAAAUGACCGCAGCCCUCUCUGAAACCUUUACGGCAGGGUUUAACUUACUCAUGGACUACGACUAUCAAUCUAUUCGUUCAUACCUGGUAUCCCAAGGUUACACUGGCCCUCAAAUUGAUUGGAUGGAAACCAUCGACGACGCUACAGAUCACUAUGACAUGUAUUCGAUGUCUCAAGGUGCCCUAACGCAGUGGAUCUUCACUGAGUCGAGUAUUGAUAAUUGGACGUGUAUUAAUGGAGGGAUGGACCGUAUCACGUAUGGGAUGGAGCAAAUUAUCAGCUCUAAGCCAAUUUUGAAUUCCCCAGUUACGGCCAUUAAGCCAGCCUCAGGUGGACAACUAAGUCUUGAAAUCGACAGCGGCAACAGCAAGAAGCGAACAUAUGCUCACGUUAUUUCUACAAUUCCGCUUGGGGCACUUCAGAUUGUUGAUCUAACGGAACUUGAUCUUAAUUACGGGCAGAGACAUGCGAUACGAAAGCUCAACUACGAUCCUGCUCUAAAAAUUGGCAUCAAAUUUAAAACUCAAUGGUGGGAAAAACUCCCAGCCCCUUUCAAAGGAGGGCAAUCAUACUCCGAUCUCCCUAUCCGCCGAAGCGUCUAUCCCAGCUAUGGCUUUGACCUUCCUGACGACACUGCGCCAGGCGUAAUGAUAGCCUCAUAUAUAUGGGGUCAAGACUCUACAAGAUUAGGGGCGUACCUUAGGACCCCCGAAGCUCGAGAUACUCUCGUGAAGGUUGUACUUUACGAUCUCGCCGCUAUGCACAAUGUGACAUUGGAAUUUAUCGAGUCUGAGUAUCUUGACUAUUAUGCUUGGGACUGGUACCAGAGCGAGUGGUCCGUCGGCGCAUUUGCCAUAUUCAGUGCGGGUCAAUAUUACAAUGUCAUGCCAUCGCUAAUGGUGCCUGCUGAAAAUGGCCAUUUGCAUUUUGGUGGCGAAGCAUUGAGUAGUGGACAUGCCUGGGUCAUUAGGGCAAUCAACUCAGCAUAUAGAACUGUUCUCGAGGUGCUGAAGGCAGAAGAGAGGGACGACCUGAUCGAGAAAUUGGUCCAGACUUGGGGGCCGAUGAAUGAGGUCGACCUGGGGUGGUAUACUCACAUUUAG